UCGUCCCAAGUAUGAAGAUGGGAAAGAUAAGACAGAUAAUCUUGACCAAGCGUGCAAGAAACGGAAGACGCAGGAAACCAGGCCAACCAAGCAUUAGACGAAGAUGGCUAAGUCGCGACAUCGCAUGUCUUGUGUGGCUGUGUGGUGUUCCAACACCGGGAUUUCCCGUUCCGCGAAGUUUUUCAGGUUUCCUAAUGACCACGGCGGCAUCGAUGAGAGCGGUCGCGGAUCGCCUUGGACACUCCCUUGGGGCCUGAUCGUACGGUGGGUGGCGGCAUGCUGCUCAACGGCGUCAUUGGCCGCGGGGUGUCCUCCGGCGGCGCGGUGGCGGGCGGCAAGACGUCCCUGCUCGAGCACCGCGUCACGCUGCUCGUGUCGUUCGCGCUGCUCACCUACUUCCUGUGGAUGGACGUGGCGCUCUACCACCGCAUACAGAGCCUGCAGCUGGCCGGACCCACGCCGGCGCCGGCGCCGUCGAGACUGUUCUCGCCUUUCACCGGCCUCUCGAUCAAGAUGAUGAUGCUCGACCAGGUCAACAACUACAUCCACGCACCGCUCGCCAACCUCUUCGACCGGGUGACCCGAUUCACGGAGGUGUUCUACUUCAUCACGCCCAACAUGAUCAGCGUGGCUGGCGUGGUCAGCGCGUUGGCUGCCGCCAAGGUGGUGACGGCCGAGAGUCUGGCCAUGCAGCGGCUCGCCGUGCUCCUCAUGACGCUGCGAACCUUCCUGGACGCCUUCGAUGGACAGGUUGCCCGUUCCCGCAUGGGCAUCGUGCGUCUCAUGUCCAUGCGCCAGACGUCGGGCUACAUGGUGGACGGCGUGGCCGACACCAUCGGCUUCACCGCCUUCCUGGUCGGCUGCUUCCUGCACCUGCGCCGUCGGGUGCUCUCGUCCAAGCACUACCUGCCUAUGGUGCAGGUCGAGGCCGUCGACAAGUCCCUGCCCAACGGUGGUUCAUCUUUCUCGGUGGUCCAGCACCCGGUCAAGAAGGUCAUGGUUGUGGCGCUCUGCUUUGGUGCUCAGAUGGCCAUCAGCUGCUUCUUCUGGGACCGCUACAUCAACGAAUACCACAUACUCCUGGAGACGCCCGGCUCCAGGAAAGAGGUUGCUCAAACAGAGGUGCUGCGUUCUUCCAUGAUGUGGAUCAUUAUGUGGUUCUGGCGCAUCGCCAAUGCUCACGCACUCAUGCAAAUGUUCCUCUUUGCAAUCUUCAUCAAUCGUAUGUGGGAGUUCCUGUUGUGGAUUCAAUACAUUGGAUUUGCGGUGCUUGGAACUCUGGUGGUCUUCACAGAAUUUCAUCUGAGGACCGUCCGGAGCUACCUCUUAUGAAAAAGCAGGCGGGAGCAUUCAAGAGGAGAGGCAGUUCAAUACGAAGGCCUAGUCACCAUUCACCCAGCUGCGCUCCACGACACAGUUGCAGCCGACAAGACGCGAGGGUUUCUGCGCCUUCUCUGCAUUUUUUUUUCUACACUGCAAGGAUCAGUGUUAGUUUGGUGCUGCAUUCAGACACGUUGCAUGCAAGCCCAGCGCUGGAGUGACAUUUUUAAGACCAGCCCGAUGGCGGAAGCCCACUCCACCAUGCCGCGUUGGACUUCUUCUUUCACCAUUAUGUGUAAUUUCAUCUAACUUGGUGCCACUGUCUCGCAUCGGCAGUAAUUGUCAAGUGGUGGUUUCGGUUCGCUUGCUAGUUGUCCCAUACUGCAACGUUGUAUCUCUGCUCUGUUCUGAACAUUUUUUUUCCCGCUGUUUUUUUCACGCACUGUAACAUUCCGAUCUCACAUGAGUUCAUCAUUCGCACCCUAAAGCUUCCGCAUUGACACAUUUUCUCAUAUCGACACUGGUAUUCGAAAAAGAUAAAUAGAGGAAAAAAAAAACUAUGCAACUGUAAAAAUGCCUUGACCAGAACCGAGCACUGCUACACGGUGUAUGAGAUUUUGUACGAAGUUGCGCAUGCUACGUUCACUUAUUUUCAUCGCAAACUUAUCGAUUUUCGUACCAUGAAUGCAUUACGAUUUUGAGCCGUGCUGCUGAGGUUGGUGUGACACUUCAGUUUGCCGGUCGGGCGAACGCAGGAAUUGCAUUGUAGCAAGCUCUGUUUUUGCACCGCUAAAUUUAGAACCACCCAAAAUUCUUUGCGGUGCCUUUGCGGAUGAUUUUAAUGGCUUGAUGGCAGACAUCCUUUUGCUCUGUUCAAUCAUUAGUUCUGUCCCGGCAUGGCGGUGCUUAUGAUUUGUGCCUUUAGGCACGUGGGCUUGACAUUGCUGGCUCCUGCGAUAGUGAGUGGCAGGGGAUACAUAUCUGACCUUGUGCUGUCACACAUAUCGGGAUAGUUGACGAAACGUGCCCACAGCCACGUGCCAAAGUUUCUCUACGAAUGUAUUCCUAUACCUGGUCCCGUGGCAGAUAGGGAGCAGGGUAAAUUGCUCACAUGCAUGUGUGAGCAUGCGACGUGCGCUAAAAAGCGUCAAACUUACGGGAGGCGGCGAAAAAUUAUAGCAAUAUUUAGAUUUCAGCAGCGAAUUGCACCAUGUCUUACAAACUGAGUGGCGGCGGCAGCGGCAAAAAUUUUAACCGGUGCAAUACCCCCACUAGCUCAGUGCCCUUAUUGUUAACUUCUAGUCCAUUUGCACAGAUUAGUUUUAAUCACUAGUAAACAAACAAAUGAAAAUUUGCACAGCUGCAGUGUCAUAAAAGACUUUGCGAUGCGAAGACUAUGCAGUUAUCAUAGGGCAGUGUUCAUUGUGAUACCAUGUGAAUCUGCAUCAAAGUAGAAUGCUACGUGUACAAUGUGUGUAGAUAUGAAAGAAUUUAUUUAUAAUUGUUAGGCUCCCCAAGUGUGGGCAUGUGUGCUGAACGUGACGUUUACGUGCGUGCGUCCCCCCCUCUUGUGCGCUGAGCACAGGUGAUGCUUUGAACAAACGUUGCUGGUUCUUGGGCGUUGUACCCUGCGCAGGGCCUUGACAAUGAACGCGUGUUGUUGUACCAUGCUGUACCAUGUGGUUAAGCAAAUGCUUCUUUUUUGAGUAAGAGAUCAAAGUAGUACGUUUAACUGGUGAAAUGAUUGUACAAAUAGGCGCUGCGAGUGAACGUUUGUAGUUGUUUAUAAAUAAAGAUGUAUUUUUUUAUUGUGAGUACGCACAACACCAAA